AUGCCCGUCCUCGAGAUCACCCAGCUCCGCCUAAGAGAGCUCUCAGCCGACGACCCGGCACUGCUUGAGAGCCUGUCGACCGUCCGAGCCGAACUACAGACCGGUUCCCACUUCUACAACUGCAUCGACGAUCCCAGCGUGAUCUAUAUUUUAGGCACAUGGCCAAGUCUCGAUGCUCAUAUAGACUUCCUUGCCUCACCUUCCAAAGACCAGAUUCUCGGCCCCCAAGAAAAGAUGCUGCAGUUUUGUUGGACAGUUCAUGUGGAACUUGGCGGCGUGAACUUGCUUCCACUGGAUGCACCUAUUUUAGCAAUUGAAAGAAUUAGUGUCUCAGAAGAGUCCACUCGGGGUUUUGGCGAGGCAGUCCACAGGCAUGCGCAGCAGCUUCAAGGUAGCCAUCCGUUUAAAUUAGCACACGGCUGGCGAUGUGAUGCUGUGCCAAACCACCACGAGGCUAUUAUCUUUAGUGGAUGGCAGACUCCACAAGCUCAUGUCGCCUUUGCAGCCAAGAACAAUCAAGACGGACAGUACAAGACGCUACAGAUGACGUGUGCCAGGAAUUUGGAGCGCAAGGUAGUACACUAA